UAGAGAUUUUAUCGCGAUAAGAAGCGUUAUUAGGGAUUCGUGUGCCGACGCUGCCGCAGCGAUCCUCGCCGCUCCCUUUUCUCGAUCUCAUCCUCUUUCUUGAGCUUCUUCCUCCGCACGACAUCCUACUGCGAGGCAGUCGGGUCGGCGUCUACGAGCUUCCGUUGCGUGAUCGGAGAGGGAGAGCGCCUCCUGGGCGUGCCAAUGAUGUCCUCUUCCCGUGCGGUUGAGCAUCUCAUCUCGUGUGGUCGAGCACUUCUCCGACUGACAGCAGAUUUGAUUGAUUGAGAUCUGCCGCUCUGUCUACGAGAGAUCCAGGCUGUCCGAGUGAUUUAUGGUACUAUGGCCCCUGCUCAAUUUUUGUCUGAUGCCAAAGAAGAAGGUAAACCUGAUGUGUCAGUGAAAUCAGAGAACAAGGAUUUUGCAGUCACAAAAGAGGCUGUAGGUGUUUGUUCAUAUAAUGGUGAAGAUCGCAUACGCUGUGUUGGUUCCUUGAAAGACAUGGCCAGGGAUGUAGAUGUCCUGGAUGAAAAAAAACUGAACCACAUUGUAAAAUCUGAGAACUUGGUAUUGGUUGAUGACAAACAUGCAUUAGGAAUGUUGUGUACAAACAAUUGUGAAGACAUUGUUUAUUGUGUUGGAUCCUCUAGUUCCUUGAGUAAGGUGGAUAAUGACAUGGAUGAGGAAAUUGACAUUGUCGAUUGCACAAAAGGCAUUGAUGGCAAGAUGGUGAAUUUUGAUGACCCAGAUGCAACUGAGUGUUCAAGCUCGUUUGGGAACACUUUCUCAGGCUCAGAGAGCGAGUUGAAGCAGGAGAAUGGGGAUAUGGAAGUUGAUUCACCCUUUGUUCCUUCAAAUGGGGAUCCCAUUGGAUUGGAUGUGCUUAACAGGGAUUUUAGGAAGAAGAAAGUGAGUGCCCAAUGGAGAAAAUUAAUCAACCCUCUAAUGUGGAGAUGUCAAUGGUUAGAGUUGCGCAUGAAACUAUUGUUGUCACAAACCUCAAUGUAUGAUAAGGAGCUUGCUGCAUACAAGCAUGAAAAGGAACUUCAGUCGAAGAUUAUUGAGUUGGAUUGUUCUGGCUCUAGAUCAGUUCCCUUCACAUCUCGAAACAAUCGGAAAAGAGUCAUGCAAAGGAGUAAAAGGAAAAGAACAGAAGAUAAAGUUGACAUAUCAUCAUAUAUGUCAAAUCAUGUUGUAUUUUCUUACUAUGAGAAUAAGAGAACAGAUACAGAUGGCCACUUAGUUGAUGAUGAUUGUGGUGAAGAUGACAACAUCAUAGGCAAUGAUGAUAAUGAGUGGUUGCUUGGCUUGAAAGGCCGUGAUGAUUCCCUUGAACAAAUUCUUUUGAACAUUGAAUCUGUUCAAUCUCGAAUUGUGAAGUUGAAGACUCAGAUCAAUAAUGUGAUGGGUAGAGAUGUAAGAGAGCGAUCUGCUGCCAAUUUAUUUCUAGGAGAUUCACCGUUGAGUUUUCUGCAAAAUGUUACUGGUGGAGGUACAUUGUCAACUGGGUUGCCAGGUACACCGCCACACCAUGAAUCUGAAUGUGAGAUGGAGGCGGUUAUGCCCGUGAGUGAGGGUUCAAGCUAUGGUGAUGCUACAGAUAUUGGUAUAAUUGAAAGCACAAUCGGCUUGUUGUCCACUGGUGAUGUAACCCUUGAUCAGAAUCAAAUGAGAGACUUGUGCAAAGAUAAUGAAGAAGACGUGUUGAUUGAUAACCAAGUAGCUGAGGAAGAAUAUAAAAACUUCGAGAAGGUGAGUCAUGAAACAGAUAAACUUGACGGUAUGGAAAAGUCAAACAACGAGAUCCAUUCUGGCGACGAAAGUACUGCCCCAAUGGCAUCAGUGCCAGAAGCAAGUCCAUCAGGAACUAAUGGUGAAAUGCCACUGCAAACAGUUCAAAAGAAGCCCUGUUACACCGGUAAAAGGAGAGGACGGAAGCCCAAGAAAAAAAAGAGGCAAGCCAGUUUGGUUUCUUCUCCACCUCAACCAAAGAGUAAGAAGCUUCGUGUCUCUGGUUCUUCAACGAGCAGCAGGGCUCAUACUCGUGGUCCUUCCAAAACUGAGAAGCUUCAGGCUUCGAGCCCUAAACUCUGGAGGAGUGAGAGGCUUAAGAUGCGAAGAUUGGCAGUCAAGAAGACAUGAAUGUGUUGAGACUUCACUUUGAGGCUAGAUGCCAAGACUGGCUGGCAAAAAUAACACGAGUAGUGUUCGUCUGUACAUGCACCCCAUUAGUUUGACUUUCAUCCUCCUAGAACAAUAGUUGUAUGAUACAACUACUGGUUAUUCCUGGAUUCCGUGCCCCAACAAUCUGAGUGUCAGAUAUUAUUCAGUCGUAUGCACUUGUAACAAAGCGUUGAUGAUGAAAUUGCACUCUCGAUCACACUGUUGGCUUGGAGGGUCACUGUACUCAUCUAAAGGUGAUAUGAUAUUAGACCUUUGUGAUUAAGUAGAGUUCAACAUAACCUUGAGUUGAAACUCUAUUUUGCUCGUAUAAAAGAUAUUAUUAGAAGAGAUUUAAACA